AACUGAAUUCGUCUCUCUUUGUUGUUUUGAAGCCAAAAAUCUACCUUCGGUUCCAAUACGGACAGGUGUGACACUCCAUAUAUACAGACCAACAGACAUUAAUAAAAACCACAUCCAUAACCUGAUAAAAGACCUUCCUUCCUCUUUUUUUAGCGUAUUUGGACCAAAAAACAAUCUCUAUCAUAAUCACAAGAAUCACACUUCCUUGAUCUUUCCUUCUCAAACUUACUACUCGACCCGGAUCGCAGCAGAGUUGUUGACUCAGUAAACAAUGUAAGACCGCUUUUGUAGCCCUGCAGAGAUUGAUAAGCUGUAGUUAGUGUAGAUGGAAAACCCUAAGACCCCGGAAACCCAAGAAGCUCAAACCCUAGAUGUUAAAUCCCUAGAAGAGGCUUCUGGGUUGUUUGGUUUUUGUGAGAAUUUUACUGGGUUUGAAUCAGAUUUGCAGCUUCUUGUUGAAUCUAGUGAUCAAGGGGUUGAUACAAUCAGCCAGAAUGUUGUGGGUCUUGAGGUGGAAGCAGUUAAAGCUGUAGUUUAUUCUGAAGGAAAGAUUUCAGAGGAGGGUGCGGAUGUAAUUGUUGGCAUUGCUGAGGAGACUAGUGAUACUGUUGUUCAAUCUGAAGAGGAUGUUUUGGAUGGGGAGACUGUGAACCAAACAGGCAGUGUAGAGGCUCAAGGGGAUGGGAACUUAGUAGACUUGAGUGGUGUUGUCGUUGAGGAAGUUGGAGAUCGAGAGAAUGUAAGGGACGGUGGAAUGAAAGAUGUAAUUUUGGGUUUGGGAGGAGUGGACUCUGUGAAAAAAAUUGAUGUUUCUGGUGAUAGCAUAUCACUCUAUGUGGACUUUAGUGGUUCCUUUACUGGAUUUAAUGAAGAGACUAAAGAAAAAACACGUUAUUUGGGGUUAACGAUGAGAAAUGAAGUCUCAACAAAGGCUCAAGAUGAUGAGAAGGAAGAGAAUCAGGAAUUUAAAUUCAGCCUGGGUGAUAUUGUAUGGGUUAAAACCAAGUCUGGGACAUGGUGGCCUGGAAAGAUUCUUGAUCCUGCUGAUGCAUCAAAGUAUUCUUUGAAGAGCAACCAUAAACAAUGCUUACUAGCCGGAUACUUUGGGAAUAGUCAUGUGAUUUGGUGCUACCCAUCUCAGUUGAAGCCUCUUCAUGAGAACUUUGAACAGAUGUCACGCCAAAACAAGGCUUGGAGUUUCCUUGGAGCUGUGGAGAAAGCACUGAAUGAAUUUGGGGAGCUUGUGAAAUCAGAAAUGAGUUGCUCGUGUAUCUUGAAAAGAGGUGGGAUGUUCGAUGGCAAUGCUCAAGUUCAGGAACGGGUUUUUGUGCCAGGUAGCAAAUAUGGUAAACUGGAUGAAUUUUCACUCGCUCAGUUUGAACCUGAGAAAUUUCUUUCCCAGCUCAAAUAUCUAGCAAAGGUUGUUUCCACGCCUAGCAUGCUUCAAUUAGCUUCUGCCAAGGGUCGUCUGUCAUCCUUCUAUCGUUUCAUAGGACACAGCCAGUUGCCCAUGCAGCAGCUUCAAGGAAUACCUCCUGAUGGUGAUGUCGGUGCUGGUGAUGUGUUGAUGGCCAGAGAUAACACUAGUGUUAAAGUUAGAGAUCACAACACAAAGCCACAUGAUGGGAGCUCACUGUUCAGGACACAAAAGAAGAAGGAUUUUCAAGUUCAAGAAGAAGAUCUAAAUGUCACUACAUUGGCUUCUCUGUCUAAGGAGGAGGAGAUUUUUUCUUCGGGAUCUCCAAAUGUAGGAAAUGUAGAUGCAGGGGAUGAUGAGAAAUCUGACAGGGGCUUUGACUUGAGAGAGCGGAAAAAGAGCAAGUAUUUGUCAUAUCCCUAUGUAAACUGGGAACAUAAAAGCUUUCCAGAUGAAACAGAAGACUCCAAGGCUCAGCUAGUUCAUUUUGAAGGUGCGGGCAUGAAUUCAGUUGAUGGUCAGUUUUCAGGACCUCCGUCAGUUUCUAAAGGUAGUGGCAAGAGAUUUCGGAAAAGGUGGUUCAAAAAGUUUGUGAGUGAGACUACUUUACCUGUUAAUCCAGAGUUUAUAAAUGCAACUUCAGCUAAAUUGCUCUCUGAGCUUCGCUUUACAGCAGUGGAUUGUCUCUAUCCAAAUGAGAUUAAAAAUUUUGAGGUAACGGAGUGGUUCUUUUCAAGGUACAGAAUUUCCCGGUAUCAUGAUGAGUCCAUUUACGAGAUGUAUUGCAAGAAUAUAAUUCGUCAGACAGAGGCUACAGCUUCUGAGCCUUGCUUAUUGGAUAGGCAAAGCCAAGAAAUUAAGCAGAUUUCCCCUGGUGCUAAAUCUGAUCCCAAGAAGAGAAAAGGAAGAACUUCCAAGCAUUCUGAAAAUGGAGUUCUCACUGAUCCACCAGUCGUGCUUGGAAGCAAAGCUGAACCUGGUUUAAAUGGAAAACAUGUUGUCCUACCCAGCAUAAAACCUGAGAACAAGAAGAAUAGAGGCGAGAACUCAAUGAGAUCGAAAGUUAGAUCUCUGUCUGGUCUAUCAGAUGUGAAUAUAAACGUUACUACGAGCAGCUUAUCAUCAAAAGAUAUUCAGGAGAUGGGUCUGCAGACUAAAGAUACCAAAGAGAUACCUGAUUUGAAUGCCAAUGGUACUACACCCAGCUUGUCGACAGAUGUUUCACAGCCUAUCACCCAUGCUGCUUCAGAAGGCAAACCCGUGCGAAAGAAGAGAAAGAGGAAGGGGGAAGUUGCUUUACAGUGUACAAAGGAUGAAAUAUGUGCUGCCUUACCUAAUGAAAUCAGCAAUAAUGUGGAUCCUAUUCCAUUGCUGGUAGAUUUGCAGGUAACAGGACCAUAUUCAAUUCAUGAUAUUCCCAUGCAGGAGGGGACUGGCACCGAUCUACCAGAUUCCAAUGGAAAUGGGGCUACUAAAGGCUUGGUAGUUAAAGAUUCAUUGGAAGUUGGCUCUUUUCCAGGUGAAGGUAAUCAUGAGCAGAAAAAGAGGAGGAGAAGGAGGAAAGCAACAUUUGAUCUUCCAAGCAGUGUGCUUCCUGCUGGCAUACCAGAUCUGAAUGGAACGAGUGCUGAGUCGAUAUCACUUGGGAAGGAUUUGCAGGAAACCAUUUGUCAUUCUGAGCAGAAGAAAAGAAGAAGAAACAGGGAAGGUUCUACAGGUCGCCCUAGGAAAAGAGAAGCUAUUGGUAUCCCUAAUAUGAUUACAGAUCAUAUAGUGGGUAGUAAUGGGGAAGCUCUUGAGACUACUCUUCUUCUGACGUUUGCAUCAGGAGUUUCCAUCCCUUCAAAAGAAGUUUUGAUUGCGACAUUUUGUAAGUUUGGUUUCUUGAAGGAAUCAGAAACAAAGUUGUUGGAAGAUUCUGGCAAGGCACAAGUGGUUUUUGCAAGGAGAGCCGAUGCUGAAAAAGCAAUUCAGAGUUUCAACAAUAGUAACCCAUUUGGUGCAACUCUACUUAGUUUCCAGCUGCAUCCACUAUCUACCGACUCCCUGUCUUUGGAGGGAUCUGGUACUGCUGCUAAGCCUUCUGGGCCAAUGCUUCAUCCCAAGGAAACUCUUCCCAUUGAUGCUAUAAGGCAGAAUCUAGAGAUGAUGACAUCAAUGCUGGAGAAACCAGGAAACAAUAUUUCACCAGAGAUGAGAACCAAAUUGGAGAGUGAGAUAAGAGGCCUCCUGGAGAAGGUGAGGAACAUGCCUUGUUUUUCAGCUUCUUAGUUGGAACUGCGUGAUAAACUGAUAAUGCAAUCUUCUAGUUAGGUUAUUUGAUCUAAGUAGAGACCAUAUUGUAGAAUGAAUUUCCUGUUUUAUUCCGUGUAUGAACCAGCUACUGUCAUCUGCCACUCGUUUUGUAUGUUAUUGUAAGAAAGGAUACCUAUUUCCCAUGUCGUGCUAGAUUGAGCCAGAGGCAGUUUUGCUAAUAAAUAAUCUCCCAGUUA